GCGAAGCAGAGGAAGACCAGUCCCUCGGCGAAGCAGAGGAAGACCAGUCCCUCGGCGAAGCAGAGGAAGACCAGUCCCUCGGCGAAGCAGAGGAAGACCUGUCCCUCAGUGAAUCAGAGGAAGACCUGUCCCUCAGUGAAUCAGAGGAAGACCAGUCCGAGGAGAUAAUUAUGAGAAGGACUGCUGUAAGAAAUCUUGUCAGAGCAGUUAUCCAACAGAUUGUUGACAAGACAGGAAACAGCAAUUACCCUUUAUUUCAAUAUAAUUAUAUCUGUGAUCGACUCUUUAAGAAACUCUGGGUUGAAACAAAACCCAGAGUUCUGAAAAUGAGCCCAGAAAAGAUUGCACUCCAGGGGACCACCAUCUUUAAAGACCUGAUGAAGGAGUGCAAAAACGUAGAGUACAUCCUCCUUGUCCUGGAGGCGGGGACCCCAAUACUACAACGAAAUGUCCUGGUAACGAUGGCAAACAGAUUACAGCCGCAGUGGAACCCCUUUAAGUCAGUGAGAAAGGCUUUCAGGGAAGUGGUACAAAACCUGCGAGAAAACCUACACAGGCUUAUCAUUUGUAAAUGAGUUACAGCCAAAUGUAAAGCCUGAAACUCAGGAAAAGGACUCAUCCCAGAUGUUUCUCCCAGUUCUCCCAGUUCCCAUCUCCUCUCCCUGCAUGAACAUCAUGGCGUAAACGUUUCCACCUAAGACUCUUUCCAGGUUCCAAGGUGAAGCCAAGGUCAACUGAUUUAGUUUUGCUCUGAAUACCUGGACAUCUGCUGGAGUCAUUUCCAGGAGUGGCGCAUGCUGUGACUUUCUGCGGCUGCAGCUUAUCCUCUUCACCGUUUUCUUUGUUGGCCGUUCUGAGUUAGCGCUUUACAUGAUCGCACCUGAUUGCAACAACCCAGAGAUGGCUGUCCAUGAGAACUCCUGCAGAUCAGCAGUUUCUGAAGCACCCAGACCAGCAUGACUGGCACCAACACAACAACGCAUUUGACGUCACUUAAAUUCCCAUCUCUUCCCGAUUCUGACGCUAGAGGACACGAAGGGGGAACCCGAAAAGAAGGGCUGAAGACGAUAUGUGGCAGCAAGGACCUAUUUAAAGGAUGUGCUCACUGCUCGGUCUGCUGGAAUCUUCCAACAGAGUCUGAGAAGGAAGACAAGUCUAGAAAAUGCUGCUGAAAAUAGGAAGGAAAAAAGACUUACCUGUGUGUGGAAGAUAUGAGGUGUGCAGGCUCCUGGUGGAUUGUUUGGUCUCUUCUGGUGCUCAGGGAGGCAGCAGACGCUGGAACGAUCGCAGACACAUCACUCAGUCCUGGACUGAGCACCGAGAUGGGACAGAGCGAGAAGGCGCUGAGCCAAGGUCAACACAGAUGUGUCGAGCCAUCCGAAAGAGAUGGCCAAAAAAACAGAACCGGUCUGUUCUGCGGUCCAAUGUGGGAUGGGUUUUUGUGCUGGAAUGAGACACCAGCUGGGGAAUCGGUAACUCUACAGUGUCCAGAUCACCCUGACCUCGGUGCAACCGAAGAUGUGACCAAAUAUUGUGACAAAUCAGGCAGCUGGGUCCAAACAGGCUCUGCUUGUGGACCACCUUUAAAGAGCAAAACAGAGAAAAUGAGUUUUUUAAAGGAUGCGGCAGGAGAGCCAACCACAGAAGCCAUGUGGGUCAGAACAGAGAAAAAUAUUCUUGAAAAUAAGAACAAAUGCCUAGAGAAAAUGAAGAACGCGCCACCUUAUAAUAAAUCAGGCUUGCACUGCAGUAGGAACUGGGAUGGCUGGCUGUGCUGGGACGAUACUCCAGCAGGAAGCUACGCAUCCCAGAACUGUCCUGAUUACUUCGUAAACUUUGACCGCACAGAACAGGCAAAAAAGUACUGUGGAGCAGAUGGAGAGUGGUUUCGUCAUCCAGCGAGCAAUAAGAUUUGGACCAAUUACACACUCUGUGUGACAACCGAUGACAAGAGGCCAGCGAAACUCCAAGUAGAAGAAAAUGAACAGAAGUGUCUGCAAAAAAUGAAACAAGACCCAGCACUCAACAGAACAGCGCCAUACUGCAGUCGUAACUGGGAUGGCUGGCUGUGCUGGGACGAUACACCAGCGGGUACCCUUGCCUCUCAGAGCUGCCCUGAUUAUUUUUCUGACCUCAACCCCACAGCAAUGGCUACAAAGUAUUGUGCAGAAGAUGGCCAGUGGUUUCGCCAUCCAGUGAGCAACACGACUUGGACUAACUAUACGCUGUGUGUUGACGACAACCCGGAGAUAUUGAGGGCAACUGCACAGUUCUCCCGAAACACUGAGGUGGAUCUCAUCAGUGAAGCCACAGAGAGUCCAGAGGUCCAACAAAAGAAUCGGGAAAUUGUGCGGAAAAAAAUCCUUGACAACCAGUACAAAUGUUUUGAGAAAAUUAACAGAGAUCCACUUUACAACAAAUCAGGUUUGUUCUGCAGUCGGAACUGGGACGGCUGGCUGUGCUGGGAAGAUACUCCAGCUGGAACUUACACAUUCCAAAACUGCCCCAACUAUUUUGAUGACUUCGACCCCACAGAGAAGGCAACAAAGUAUUGUGGGGAGGACGGGCAAUGGUUUCGCCACCCGGAUACCAACAGGACAUGGUCAAACUACACACUCUGCAAUGAAAACACUCAGGCAAAACUAAAGUCGGCUUACAUCCUGUUUUACAUGGCUAUUGUGGGCCAUGCUUUAUCCAUAGCCUCCCUGCUUAUCUCUCUGGCCAUCUUCUUCUACUUCAGGAGUUUGAGCUGUCAAAGAAUCACCCUCCACAAGAACCUGUUCUGCUCCUACGUGCUGAACUCUGCCCUCACCAUCAUCUACCUCGUCACUGUGGUCAACAAUCCCAAAGUGGUGGCCAGCAACCCGGUUAGCUGUAAGGUCCUGCACUUCUUCCACAUGUACAUGUUGGGCUGCAACUAUUUCUGGAUGCUCUGUGAGGGCAUUUACCUGCACACACUCAUCGUGGUCGCUGUGUUUGCAGAGGAGCAGCACUUGCACUGGUACUACCUACUGGGCUGGGGCUUUCCUCUGGUGCCUGUGUCCAUCCACGCCGUAGCGAGGAAAAAGUAUUUUGAUGACAACUGUUGGAUGAGCGUGGAAACCCAUCUGCUCUACGCAGUACACGGACCCAUAGUGGCAGCCCUUCUUGUUAACCUCUUCUUCCUGCUGAAUAUCAUAAGAGUGCUGGUGACAAAGUUGCGAGACACUCACCGAGCAGAGUCCAACAUGUACAUGAAGGCGGUGAGAGCCACCCUGAUCCUGGUGCCCCUGCUCGGAAUACAGUUUGUCAUAUUUCCUUGGCGGCCGGAGAACCGUCUGGCCGGUGAGGUCUACGAGUAUGUCAUGCACAUACUCAUGCACUAUCAGGGUUUGCUGGUGGCAACAAUAUUCUGCUUCUUCAAUGGAGAGGUGCAGGCAGCUCUGAAGAGACAGUGGAUGCAGUACAAAACCCAGUGGGGUCAGCGACGGAAGGACCACUGCUCAAUGCGCUCUACGUCCUACACGGCCACCUCCAUCACCGAGGUGCCGGCCUUCAUGUACCACCACGAGUGCAACGCCGAGCAUCUGAACGGCUGCCACACAAAGGACUCGGAGCUGGUGGCGCUGAAAUCAGGAGACACGUACGCUUAGACUGCGCUUUAAUCGGAGCGUAACGGCAGACACACACCAAGUCAGAAAAGAGAAAACGGUUCUCGGCGAAUAAAUCUCAGAGGCUAAUUUGUCCGGCACGGGGUGAAUAUACGGGUCUGAGGCAGAGCGCUCUCCAGGAGAGAGGAUUAGCUACGAGACUGAAGCAUUUUAUUUACACUUUACUCUUACGUUGUUGCUGCAGCAGCUCCUUUUUUUUUUUUUUUUUUUUUUGAGAACAUUGAUGUCGAGAACUUGCAGCACGAGAGGAGAGCUGUUCAUGAUGUCUGCUGACUUUCUAAAGCUGCUAUUCUGUGUGUGGGUCGGCUCACAGAGACAGAGAGGAAAUCAAAUUACUGCAACUGUGGUGCUUUCUGUUCUUGAUGAUAAUGUGACACUUACGUGGGUAGCAGCUCUAACUCUUCAUGACUUCGACAAACAACAUCAGAGUGAUGAAAACCAUCACUAUGAUUAUUAUUAUUAUUAUUACUAUCAAGCUGAGGACCACAUCAUUCCUAACCUCACCUAUACCAAAGGGUACUGCUUGUUCAUCACAGCUAUGAAGACAGAAGCAGAGGUUAAAUACCCCUCACACACAUUAAGUCAAUAUGACAUGGAAGAGGUAACAUUUCUAGACCCUAUUUUAUGCUUACAGUUCUGGAAUUAUGUACAUAUAUGUAUGUUAAAUUUGUUUCCUUUGACAAAAAGGUGUUUCAGUGUUUUAAAAUGACUUUAUGCUUCAAUUUCUGUUUGCGUUUUCCUUGUUAAUUCCUAACUCUGUGCUACCUGUGUGUCCUGUGAUGCUGCAUUCCUGACGGCGCUGUUGUUUCGAAGUUGCUGUAUCUGUGCCGAUGCUGAAUAUCACAGGGCCGAGAGGUAAAAUGCAUAUUGUAGACAGAAAAAUAAAAUAAAAAAAGAGAACGAUAUAAAGGGUUUAUAAGUCAUAGGAGUUCGUUUUGCUGAGCUAAGUGGAGUGCGGCAUCAGCUUUGCCCGGAGUCCUGAUAAAAAUGUUAUUAUCGCUCCUUCUUGAUCCGCUCUGCGGUUCGUCCUCGGCCAUCGUAGCAGUGCAUUUCUCUGGCCUCUGUGCGUACAUGUAGGGAUUCAUUUCAUAAGCGUGACUGACCAGGAGUGACAAAAAAGAUUCAAUAUGGGCGCAAAUCUUAGUGUUACACUGAAGAGAACCAUCUGGAGUCACGACUUUUACACGAGGGCACAAACAUGAUUUAUUGACUUUCCUUGUUUUCUCUAGCCUCUUAAUUUAAACAGUUUUGAUUAAUUGUUCUCAACAUUGUGAACAUUAAUGUUGUUUUAAUUUUAGGCUUUUUGAUGAUUCAUUUGAGCCAUUUUUGUAUCAGGAUGAAAUGAUUCAGCAGCAAUCAUUUCAAUAAAUCCAAUCAAUAAAUCCAAAAUAAGAAUUAUGGAUUUAUUGGCGAUUUGCUGUCACACACAGAGGGCCAGAAUUACACCAGAAGGCUCAAACAAAUGCACACAUAUGUCCAAAAAUAUGUGCUUAGACGUCCCUCUGCAAGUUACCCAUGGCCAUACUUAACCACAGUGAACAAAGUGGUUCUGUUACAUCAUUAAAAACCCAAAAUGAAAUAACUAUGUGUACGUACCUCUGACUGGAAAUGUAUCAACAAAAAAGUUUGUUAAAAUUAUGUUGUUCUUAUGAAGUUACUUAUAGUCCUUAAAGUAGCGCUUAAAGAUCAAAGCUACAGACACAUUUAAGAACAUUUAAACACAGGCAGAGAAAAUGAUUUAUGUUUAUCAGUAAAAUGGUCAACAUCCAGCAUUUUUAGCUGCUUUUGUAAUCAUAAAUUCUUCUGGCUCAAAUAGAAACUGGCUGCUUUAUGUUAGCAUCACCUGCUUGAGCGCUUCAGGUUAAAAUCAAUUAUUCUCUAGAAAUAGCCGAUAAGGCUGCUGCUCCUCUUUAGGUUCUUUUUUUAAAAUACACACUUUGAGGCAGGUUUGUGUUUUCAAAUAAAUGUCUGUAUCCAAUGUGUAGAAUUGCUCCCAAUGUUAACCUACAGCUUGAAAAGUAAAAGGUUUUCAAGUAAUGUUUUAAAGACUUUCAUACUUUAAAGUUGGAUCUUUAUUCUUCACUGCCCCUGUCUUUACUUUGGGUACCUGUCAUCCGUCUGCCAGUCCAGAGCUGGAAUCUAAACUCUCUCAUUUGUUUUCAACCCUGACGGUGCCUCACACUUUGACUGCCGGACCCAAACUCGGCAAAUAUGUUUCUAAGUACCUCUUCAGUCAUUGUACUACUGAAUUUGGUGCAUGUUUUGCCUGUUUCCGUCUUACAUCUCACAUUCAGAGUUGGGCCGCCUCGGCAGGAAAGGUAAGUAGGCCUUUCCUGCAUCUUGUGUCUUAAUGAUAUGGUUGACGCCAGUUCAUUUUGCUAUUCUGCUAUGUGCCUGUUGUUGGAUCUGGCAUGAGCAGCACCUCAAACUAUUCCUCAAUCCAGCCUUAUAGCCCUAAUGGUAGGAAUGAUCAAUACCAGCCAAUCAGUCUGUGUGUGACACAUGCUUAACCUUUCAAGAUGGUUCCUCUUUGUCCUUCUCUUGCACCUUCGAUUCCUGUCUCCACGGACAUUCGCUUAGCAGUCCUUAAAGAGGGCGGUCACCUUCCUGAUGUCCUCCAAGACCUUUGCUGAGUUAUUCAGCAUGGUGGUUUUGAUGCUCAAAGGGUGAAGGGUUAGGUUUAGGUUUUCUCUCAGUCUCAGAACUCUUCUUUGGACCGCCUCAAGCUGUUUGAAAAACGCAAAUCACAGCAGCAAUGUGACCCCUCAUUAAUAGAAAUCAACUCAUUAAACCUUAGAAGACACUCAGCAGGAUCAAUGUAGAGUUCUACGUACGAGACUUCUCCCAUUCUAAAGGACAGAACAAAGUGCGGCUCUUGUCCGAAAACAUCUUCUUAAUAUUUAAUAUAACAUCUUAUACCAGAUAUAUUUGGUCAUUGGCCAUCCCUUCACAACAAAGUGCUGUUCUCAAUUUGGUUCUCUUCAAGCAUCACUGCUAUAUAAUAAACUCCCAUCGGUUCUUUCUUGAGAACCAUUCAUUGUAUGUCAAUGGAAAGAAUUGACAAGCAUGGACUCGCUGCAAUUGCAACAUGACACUGUCAGACCACAAAGCUGCCGAAGGAUUUAUUUUUUUUGCUUCAUGAUCAGAACUGCCUGAUCAUCUUUGGAUGGGUCUACGUGUGCUAUAAGAAAUGAUGAAGAGAGUGAUUUACAUGGUCACUAAAAGCUGACAAAAAGUUUUUAAAUUUAAAACAAUCUUCAAAAAUCCUAGAGGGCUAUUACGCAAGACCACAUUAAAUGAGUCAAAGAAAUUCAGGCUUCUUUGGAAAUCAUUAAAAAAAAAAAAAAUGUUAGUACUGUCUGUCUGAGGUUUUUUUGUUUAAUUUUUUUUUUUAUCAGCCCUUUGCCAAUAGAAAACGAAGAGUGACAAUCAUUGAUAGAAGAAUGGUUUUACAGAAAAUGUCACAUCCUAAAAAUGUACAUGUUCUAUUUUAUUAUUAAACUCAUCCUCCUCUUCA